GGAGUUUUCGGAUGUGUUGGCGGUGGCCCCGGUCUGCAGCGGUUGGGCUGAGUCAGGCUGCGGGCGUCUGCGGCGGAACGUGGAGGCGAGUCCGGCCAGGAUUAUUGAGCUCUCUGCUUGUGGCUUACUGAGAGGCAGCCUUCUCUCUGUCCCCCGGAGCUUCGGGGAAGAUGGAUCGGCACCGUCCACGGCAGCACGGUCCGGCGCACGGCUCCGCCGCCGGGGCUGCCUACCCGUCCUCUGCCUCUCUCCGCAGCUGUCGGGAGAGCAAGAUGCCGCGCAGGAAGGGUCCCCAGCACCCUCCGCCGCCCGGCGGUCCGGAGGUGCCUGGAGAGAAACGCCCCAAAUUUCAUUUAAAUAUUAGGACAUUGACAGACGACGUGCUGGACAGAUUUGCCAGCAUAAAAAUUCCAGGGAGCAAGAAAGAAAGGCCUCCACUUUCCAACCUGAAGACUGCAUUUGCCAGCAGUGAUUGUUCCUCAGAGACGAUGGAAAACCUUCCAAAGCCACUGUCAGAGAAUGAACUCUUGGAACUUUUUGAAAAGAUGAUGGAAGAUAUGAAUUUAAAUGAAGAUAAGAAGGCACCAUUGCGGGAAAAGGACUUCAGUAUCAAAAAAGAAAUGGUGAUGCAGUACAUCAAUACUGCUUCUAAGGCAGGAAGUCUUAAGAGAAGCCGGCAGAUCUCACCUCAGGAAUUCAUCCACGAACUGAAAAUGGGGGCUGCAGAUGAGAGACUUGUCACGUGCCUGGAGUCACUUCGCGUAUCUUUGACUAGUAACCCCGUGAGUUGGGUGCAGAGCUUUGGCCAUGAGGGGCUUGGGUUAUUAUUGGACAUUUUGGAAAAACUGAUUAGUAGCAAAAUACAAGAAAACGUUGUAAAGAAGAAUCAGCACAAAGUCAUACAGUGUCUGAAGGCUUUGAUGAAUACCCAGUAUGGCUUGGAAAGGAUUAUGAGUGAAGAGCGGAGUCUUUCUCUAUUGGCCAAGGCGAUCGAUCCCGAGCACCCCAGCAUGAUGACAGAUGUGGUCAAACUCCUCUCUGCAGUGUGCAUUGUUGGGGAGGAAAGCAUCCUUGAAGAAGUUUUAGAAGCUUUAACAUCAGCUGGAGAAGAAAGAAGAAUUGACAGAUUUUCUUCUAUUGUGAAAGGUCUUCGGCACAAUUCAGUUCAACUGCAAGUGGCAUGUAUGCAGCUCAUCAAUGCCCUUGUUACCUCUCCUGAUGAUCUGGACUUCAGGCUUCACAUCAGAAAUGAAUUUAUGCGUUGUGGACUGAAAGAGAUACUGCCAAACUUAAAAUGCAUUAAGAAUGAUGGCCUGGAUAUCCAACUUAAAGUUUUUGAUGAACACAAGGAAGAAGACUUGAUUGAGUUGUCUCAUCGCCUGGAAGAUAUUAGAGCUGAGCUUGAUGAUGCAUAUGAUGUUUACAACAUGGUGUGGAGCACAGUUAAGGAAACUAGAGCAGAGAAGUAUUUUAUUUCUAUUCUUCAGCAUCUUUUACUGAUUCGAAAUGAUUGUUUUAUAAGGCAACAGUACUUCAAAAUAAUUGACGAAUGUGUAUCUCAGAUUGUAUUGCAUAGAGAUGGGAUGGAUCCAGACUUCACAUAUCGAAAAAGACUAGAUUUAGAUUUAAGUCAGUUUGUUGAUGUUUGCAAAGAUCAAGUGAAAGUAGAAGAGUCUGAAGAGAAAGCAGCAGAAUUUUCCAAGAAAUUUGAAAAAGAGUUUGCCGACCAUCAAGAAACACAGGCUCAAUUGCAGAAAAAAGAGGCAAAGAUUAAUGAGCUUCAAGCAGAGUUACAAGCUUUUAAAUCUCAGUUUGGUGCCUUGCCAGCUGAUGUAAAUACCUCUUUGCACCUGUCAAAAGAAGGUGGAACUGAGCACCCAGCACCUCCUCCUCCUGUGGCACCCCCACCCCCUCCUCCGCCCCCUCCUCCACCACCUCCUCCACUACCAGGAAUGCCUCUGCCAUUAGGUGGUCCUGUGCCUCCACCUCCUCCCCUGGGACUUCUCAGUGGAGGAAACUCUCUUCCACCCACCCUGCCAUUUGGGUUAAAACCAAAGAAAGAAUUUAAACCUGAAAUCAGCAUGAGAAGAUUGAACUGGUUAAAGAUCAGACCUCAUGAAAUGACUGAAAACUGUUUCUGGAUAAAAGCAAAUGAGAACAAGUAUGAAAAUGUGGAUUUACUUUGUAAACUUGAGAAUACAUUUUGUUGCCACCAAAAAGAGAGAAGAGAAGAGGAAGAUUCUGAAGAGAAGAAAGCCCUUAAAAAAAAAAUUAAAGAACUUAAAUUUCUAGAUUCUAAAGUUGCCCAGAACCUUUCAAUCUUCCUGAGCUCUUUUCGGGUACCAUAUGAAGAAAUCAAAAUGAUGAUAUUGGAAGUGGAUGAAACACAGUUGGCAGAGUCCAUGAUUCAGAACUUAAUAAAGCAUCUUCCUGAUCAAGAACAAUUAAACUUACUAUCUCAGUUCAAGAGUGACUAUAACAACUUAAGUGAACCAGAGCAGUUUGCUGUUGUGAUGAGCAAUGUGAAGAGACUGCGGCCACGGCUCAGUGCUAUUCUCUUUAAGCUUCAGUUUGAAGAGCAGGUGAAUAACAUCAAACCUGACAUCAUGGCUGUCAGCACCGCCUGCGAAGAGAUAAAGAAGAGCAAAAGCUUUAGCAAGUUGCUGGAACUUGUAUUGCUAAUGGGAAACUACAUGAAUGCCGGCUCCCGGAAUGCUCAAACCUUCGGAUUUAACCUUAGCUCCCUCUGUAAACUAAAGGAUACAAAAUCAGCAGAUCAGAAAACAACACUACUUCAUUUUCUGGUGGAAAUAUGUGAAGAAAAGUACCCUGAUAUUCUGAAUUUUGUGAAUGAUUUGGAACAUUUGGACAAAGCUAGCAAAGUCUCUGUAGAAAUGCUGGAAAAGAAUUUGAAGCAGAUGGGAAGGCAGCUUCAACAGCUUGAGAGAGAUUUGGAAACCUUUCCCCCUCCUGAGGACUUGCAUGAUAAGUUUGUGACAAAGAUGUCCAGCUUUGUUAUCAGUGCAAAGGAACAAUAUGGAAAACUUUCAAAGUUACAUGAAAACAUGGAAAAGCUGUAUCAGAGCAUAAUGGAGUACUAUGCCAUUGAUGUGAAGAAGGUGUCUGUGGAAGAUGUUUUGACUGACUUAAAUAACUUCAGAACAGCAUUCAUGCAAGCAAUAAAAGACAAUGUCAAAAAACGUGAAGCAGAGGAAAAACAAAAACGUGCCAGAAUAGCCCAAGAAUUGGCGGAGAAAGAAAGACUUGAACGCCAACAGAAGAAAAAGCGCUUAUUAGAAAUGAAAACUGAGGGUGACGAGACAGGAGUGAUGGAUAGUCUGCUGGAGGCCUUGCAGUCGGGGGCUGCCUUCCGCGACCGAAGAAAAAGGACACCGAAGUCAAAAGAUAUUCGGCAGAGUCUCAGUCCAAUGUCUCAGAGGCCUGUUCUGAAAGUUUGUAACCAUGAAAACCAGAAAGUGCAGUUGACAGAAGGUUCACGUUCACACUGCAGUAUCAGUUGCAACUCAACGAGGGUUCCAGUCACCAAGGAGCUUAAUUAUAAUCUAGACACUCACGCGUCUGCAGGGAGGAUCAAGGCAGCUGAGAGGAAGGAAGCCUGCAAUGUGGAAAGCAACAGAAAAAAGGAAAUGGAACUUCUUGGCUCUGUUUCUAAAAAUGAAUCCAUUCCUGAAGUUGAAGCCCUGCUGGCAAGAUUACGAGCUUUAUAAAUUAAACUGGUAAAAAAAUAAAAUAAAAAAAUGAUCACACCAAAUAGCAAGGCAUGCUCUGAGCUCUAACACUUGGAAAAAUUGCUUUUUAUAUGCUACUUUAUACAAUUUUAAAUUAUGAUAUAUAUUAGAAAAACAAAGCUAAAUACACAAUUGCAAUGCUUUUCCUAUGGACUUGAGGUUGUGACUUAAUCAAGGUUGUGAUGGGCUUUAAUGUAUAUUCAUCAUCUGGUAUUUAUGUGUUCUAUAUUUGGGGGUUAAAUUAUAUGCACAUUUCAGAGAACAGGGAGGUAACCAUGUGUUCAGCAAUGGGUCCUUAAGAAAAUAGCAAGUUUCUAAGUCAACUGUAAUGUUUACUUUACUAUUUUCCACAUCAGUAAACGUCAAAUCUUCAAACCUCAAGUCUUGCUACAUAUCCAUGCAUGUUACUUAUAUAGGCCCAGAUUUUCCUUGAAUUGGGAAUAUGCUAUUAGCAUAGUAUCAAAAACAUGAAACUGAAUAUAACAGCGCUGUGAGGAAAUGAUUGAUAAGCUCCUUACCAUCAUUGGAUUCAUGUUAAUUAGCCCUGUAAGAAACUAUAAGACCAUUGAGCAUAUUUCCAAAAGUGAUGUGCUAGAAAUACACUCUGCAAAAUGCACAAGCUUUUGCAUAAAGUUGGACACACAAGGUAUUACAGUGCUGCUGACACUCUCAGCUGAGGAGCACACCCCACACCGCCCCUCUCCUGACCCCGUAAUUAUGACUCGGGGAUAGAAUUGCCAUUUUGAAACUUCCCAAGUAAUGACUUUUUUUGAUUUCUGCAAACAAACUUGAAAUUGCUGUUUCUUUGAUCUGACAAUCAAUAAUUUUAACAAAGAUCUGAAGAAAUGUUUCAAGGAAAGUUUUCUGAUGCAAAUGUUACAAUUGUAUUUUAUUUGGGGCAUCAAAUUAACUUUGUUAAUUCUAUAUCAAAGAAAAUAAACUUGCUACUUGCACUCAA